CCCCCGAGCAACCUCCGCAAUCACGCCCGCGCGCGCCCAUCAUGACUCCCGCCCAAGAUAUUGCCGGCAGCAUUAGCCAAAUCUCACGCAGCGUAUCCAACAGCCUCGACAUCAGCACCAGCCCAACCCUCUCGUUCCACAGCCCGCCCUCGACAUUCAGGCAACCGCCGUCUGCCAACUCUAGAGAUGGCCGCACCCCGAACCUACCCGGCACGUCGCAUGCGCAACAGCUGGCGAAACAACUGAAGCCGUUUGACACCAAGGACAUCAAGGUCCUUCUCUUGGAAAAUGUCAACGAGGCUGGUGUGGAUAUCUUGAGGGGCCAGGGCUACCAGGUCGAGGCAAUCAAGGCCAGCCUGGGAGAGGAUGAGUUGAUUGAGAAGAUUCGUGAUAUCCAUGUGAUUGGAAUUCGGUCCAAGACGAAGCUCACCAAGAAGGUGCUGGAGGCAGCAAAGAACCUCAUUGUUAUCGGCUGCUUCUGCAUUGGAACCAACCAGGUCGACCUCCAAACUGCUGCCAGCAAGGGUAUUGCCGUCUUCAACUCGCCGUUCAGCAACUCGCGCUCGGUUGCUGAGUUGGUCAUCUCAGAAAUCAUUGCGCUCGCUCGCCAGCUCACUGACCGCUCCAUGGAGCUCCACAACGGUACUUGGAACAAGGUCAGCAAAGGAUGCUGGGAAAUUCGUGGCAAGACACUGGGCAUAGUCGGAUACGGACACAUUGGUUCGCAACUCAGUGUGCUGGCGGAGUCUAUGGGUAUGAGCGUCAUUUACUACGAUGUACUGACCACCAUGGGCCUGGGAACCGCGCGACAAGUAACAUCUCUCGAUGACCUUCUCGCACAGGCCGACUUUGUGUCUCUACACGUGCCCGCGACGGCUGAGACGAAGAACAUGAUUGGCAAAGAGCAAUUUGCAAAGAUGAAGGACGGUAGCUACCUCAUCAACAACGCCCGUGGUACCGUCAUUGACAUUGCGGCGCUGAUUGAAGCCAGCCGCUCCGGCAAGCUGGCGGGUGCAGCCAUCGACGUGUUCCCCAACGAGCCUGCCGGUAACGGUGACUACUUCAGCAACGAGCUGAACACGUGGACAAAGGAUCUUGUGGGUCUCAAGAAUAUUAUCCUCACACCGCAUAUUGGCGGCAGUACCGAGGAAGCGCAGAGCGCAAUCGGCGUCGAGGUCAGCACAGCAUUAGUCCGCUAUGUCAAUGAAGGCACGACGCUUGGCGCCGUCAACAUGCCCGAGGUCAAUCUCCGAAGCUUGACGCUCGACCAGCCCGACUGCAUGCGUGUGAUUUAUAUCCACAAGAAUGUGCCUGGUGUGCUGAGGCAGGUCAACGGCAUUCUGCUGCACCACAACAUUGAGAAGCAAAUGUCGGACUCGAGAGGCGAUGUUGCUUAUCUAAUGGCAGAUAUCAGUGAGGUCAAAGAGAGUGAGAUUCGGGAUAUAUUUACGAGCUUGGAGGAGUUGUCGUCGUGUAUCCGAACGAGGGUCUUGUACUAGGGGUUGACUCGUCUCCGACAGGUGCCUCAGACUCAGCCAGGUGAGGGGACGAAGCGAACGUGUUUGAGGCGUGUGAUUUCUCCUCUUGGUGUGUCUCGAAGUAUGACGCCUCUUUCAAUUCAACAUUUCUUCUUCAAAAAGGGAAACGGGAAACUAGGGUGGGGCGCUGUGUAAAAACUUCAACGUUGAGUCUGUGUGUAUGCAUGCAGAGCAAUAAAAGGUACAUGUCGUGUUUGUUAGAUUUGUUUGUGCACUGGUUUGCUUGGUAUAAAAAAGUGUACUGGGGUCUGGGGAAUGCCAUUGCUAAAGAAAAAACACACAUAGAGACAGAGAAUGCAUGAUUUAUGAAACUGGAGUGAACCAGGUAA